AAUGUAGCUUGUGGCGCUGCAGCCAAUCGGGUUGGAGGUGUGGCUCGUCAUCCCACUGGGAAUGCGGAGAGGGAGAGGGAUCGAGGUGGAGCCAGCCUCAACCGGCAUACACAGCAAUAUACUCAGCCUGGCUUCUGACAAGAUGCCAUUCAAAACACAUACACCACACAAACAAAAAUCGAUCUCAACAUACUACGCAACUGCGAACUACUCUAAGCAAGCAAACAAACAGAUGUUGGAUUGAAGGACCACACUGACAUGUACUCACAGUCAUUAAAAGACCCAGAACUUCCCAAUCUACCUACCAAGCGGGUGAGCCAAUUGAAAGAUCACAUCAUCCAUCCUAACAAAACCAUCAUGGAUCAGGGCUGGAAAACCAAGGAUGACAUUGAUUCAAAAACACACCCUCUGCAAAACAAAAUUGAAGGAGAGACUUAUGCUCAGCAACUCUUGGAGGAACAUAUAAAAUACAUUGCGGCCAUCGUGAAACAAUUGAACAAAGACAUAGAGAUGCUGCAGGAACAAAGUCGGACACGAGAUAAUGCAAGCCGUGGAACCAGUGCUGUGAUGAAAAGUCUUGAACUCCGUCAUCUGAAUGGCAUCGGGGAGCUUCGGAGCAGGGUGGCGAGGUGUGAUGCAAGCAUUGCCAAACUGUCAGCUGACCUGAUGUCAAUAUACAAAGGAAUUCAGAACCUUAGCAAAGAGCAACAAAGAGCAAAACUGAUCUUGGAAGCAAAAAUAAAGGAUGUUGAAGGGCAGAUUUCAGAACUUUUAAAGAGAGUUGAGGAAUCUAUCAGAGAGCAACAGAGAAAGAUCAAUUUUACUAAGGAACAGAACAGCGAACAGCCCCACCUGCUGGAUAUUCGGAUGAAGAGCAUAACUGAAGACAUCAAGGAUCAGGUUUUGUCCAGUUGUUCCCGUUUGGAACAGAAACUAGCUAGAAAGGAGCAGGAAUUGUUGCAUCAAAUAGAACUGAUCUCCUUAAUCGUGAAAGAUAAAACUGAAAGCAGUGAAAAAUCAAUGGAAGAGAGGAUUAACCAGCUGUCCAUGAAACUUGAUAAAAUAGAAACGAUACAGAAAAUGAACUCGGAGCUUUACAGCAUAAAGCAUGUCGAGGAGAAACUGAAUCUGAUCAUUAUUAACAUAGAAAAGAAAAUAUGGAAAGAAAUAGAGGACAUCGAAGCUGAAACUAAUGUUGGCUUUUCAGCUAUUUAUGAUAGCAUUGGAUCCUUGAAACACAUACUUGAAGCAAAAAUGAAGCAGGAUAAAGAGCAAUUGCAGAAACAGAUUCGUCAGAUGAAGCAUACAAUGAAUUCCACUCCUCUGCAACCUAGUUAACAACAGAACCACAGCUCCUGGUGUACAUCAUUCUUUAGACACUGCCCAAUAGUCAUAACCUAAAACUACCUUUUUCAUACUAGUUAUUUCAUACAGACUUUAUUUAUCAAGAAGGGGCCUCAGUAAAACAUCGAUAUCCUUAUGUGUAAGUUAGCCAAGUCUGCAAAUUAAACUGGUUUGAGCAUUGUACAUCAAACUCAAUGUAAGCCUUUACCCCAAUAAAGUAACUUGUGUA